UAAUCGCCCGGGAGUGAAUAGACUUAACUGCUUUAAUGAUUUUAAUCCAUUUAAAAUAUUGACAAAAUAUACAUGAUCCGUAUUCCACGGAGCGUAUAGAUUAUUCAACGGGUAUUUAUUAUGAAUUGUUUUAGUGUAUUAAACAGAAACUUGAAACCACUUUAAGACAUUCUGUGAGCUUUUUAAAUAGUGUAUUAUAUUGUUUGAAGGUAUCCGUUUAAACGAGGUGUUAAACAAACAAUACAUUACAAGAUAUAUUUGAAGGCAUUUAGAGAAAUCGCGGUUACGCAUAAAAACACAGCUUAAAACGUUUGUUAGCAUAAGAUAAAAAUCUUAUCGCUUAAUGCAGAGACAAAAUUAACAUACCACAAACUAUUGCAAAUGAUUUUUCUUCAUCAAUGGAUUUAAGUUGAUUUGAAAUUUCUCAGAGUAUCGAACGGCAAUACCACGUGACCCCAGUUGUAACAACAAUAUCACGAGAUCAUGUCAGUGGCGGCUAUUGGUACAUCGGCCCCGCGGAUUGGCCCAUCUAACUCGGCCUCAACCAAUCAAAACAAACUUGGUGAAGGCCGACCAAACACAGGACAGACAGGUCAUGUAUACAACAACAUUUUCCGUGGAAUCCAAAGCACUCCGCAGAAACUUCCGGUUGACCGUAUCCCGGAUAUCGUCGAGCGCAUGCAGCGUGAUACUAGAUCAAGCCGGGCCAAGAAAGGCCUAUGGUAUAAGGGAGACAACUACGUAGACCCACGAUCUUACUCCUGGAAGAACCUUGCGUUAUUCAGUGAUUACCAGGCGCAGAUGUGGACCCCUGGCGGUGACAUUAAGACAUCGUACAAGAAAUGAACUAUGAUAAACAAUGGGUUGAUUUUUCAGAACUUUGUUUAAGUUAACAAUGUGAUUAACGAAAUCUUUGUUAACUGUUAAACAUGAACUAGUUGAUGAUGUACUCACAUAUUUAAAUAUAAACAAGUCAAGCUCAAACAGUAGUUUCAAAUCUUGUUAGAAACACAGCAUAUUAUUUGUAUUGUAUCAAUUAAACUUCCACAGGGGUGGAAUUCAAUAUACAACUUAAUUAACGUCGUUCAUUAUUGACUUCAUCCACUGUAUUAGUUUGUUAUUUAUAACACGCAAUCCGAUACGCUACACCAAUCAUAGAUCUGGUUAAGACCAAAAUUGAAUACCACCCCUGGCAGUAACGAUUUGAAAAUUAACAAUGAUGACGUUAACAACGUUGUUCACUUUAACAAUGUUCUUAACAAUCAGCCUAAUGUAUUAAUUUCUGGUUUAUGUUUGUUGUUGUAUGUGCCUGCAGUUGAUUUUGCCCAAGUUUCUAUAAUAUAAUUUAAUCGAACUCUCGAUUAUUUCAUAAAACACUUAACCUGGCAUGCUUCGAAAAUUGAAUGCCAUACUAGAUAAACAUUUAUCCUUGGGAUAAUUUAAGAGAUUGUUGUACGAUAUUAAGAGCAAGGAAUUUAUUUUGUAUAAUAGAUCGAAGUGUGAAAAUUAUUCAAUAGUAUUAUGCAUACAUGAUGAUAUUUUACGAUUGAGAAAAAGUCAACAUUUACUAUUCUCAAAUAGUAAAACUGUCAAAUCCUGCUAUGUCGAAGUCGUAGGGAAAUACUUCGAAAUAACGAACAUUCGAUAUAACCGAAAUACAAAAUGAGUUAAACAAAACCGAAAAAAUAGAAAACGUUCGACAUAACCAGACAAUCGAGAUAAAAGAGUUCGACCCAGCGAAUUUCGACUGUCAAUGCAUAAUGAAAUCAUAAUUUCUUAAAGACAAAAAUAUAUUGUUUCUUUUUUUUUCUUUUUCAUAUCUAAGAUUUAAAAGAGUUACUUUGUUGGGUAGGCACUUAAGAGUUUUUUGUAAGGUUUUAAUAAUUGCGCCUUUAAAUGGAAUUAAAAUACAUAGCAUUCAGAAUUAUUUUUGGUUUAAGCGUUGUUAUAAUAUUGUUCCAUAAAUUGCAUUGUACCAUUUUGUUGUGAAACAUGCAUGUAUUAAUCAUUUAAUUGUAUGCAGUUUAAUGCCAAGGAAAUGGUUAUGUUUAUGUUAUAGCGCUACUGCCCCCACUUCCCGAGUCAUUUAUUUGAUACGAGCGCAGAACACGAGUUGUAUAAUUUGAUUUUCCACUGCGCUGACCAUUAAGUUGACCCCUGUGCUAACCAGUGCACUAACCAUUGAGCGUUGUACGUGUAGUGAUUGUUAUGAACCACGUUGUUAAGAAUGCCAUUCAAUUAGUAGCGUGCGUAUUAGUAAAUAUUGUGGCAAUAUGCCCUAAUAGAUAUUCUGUCUUGUGACGCUAUUGUAAGAUACUAUUUUGGUCCUUGAGCAUAACGCUUUUAAACAUCAACUUGGAUAUCAACUUAUAGUGACAAAACAAGUAGCAUUAACUAACUGGUCUUGUCCUUAUAAGUUCUAUUGUUUAUCAUUUAAAUUGAUAAAUUGAUCUCUAGGACUCCAGAGCCGGUCAAAGGUGUCGCUGACAGUGAUAAAGGGAUGUUCUCCGAACACUUACCACUAACGAUAAUUUAUACAGUCGAAUCCGGUUGGCUCGAACUCCCAAGGACCGGCGAAAAUACCUCGAGCCUCGGGGAGUUCGAGCCAAGCGGGAUUUAUUUCAUUCGGUUUAAAAAGAUCGGUCCUUAAGAUCAUUUUUGAGCCAAAGAGGUAAUCGAGCCAAGCGAGUUCGAGCCAACGGGGUUCGACUAAAGUUGUGUAUUGAUUGAAGUUUUAUUGCAAUGUGUCACUUGUUUUGGCCUUGAUCCGAAUUCUUAUUAUAUAUUAUAUUUGUUACAUUUCAAGCUACUGGGCUUGCCCUUGUAAUUUUCAUUGUUUUUGUUUUUGUUUGUUUUAUAUAUUAAUUUGUGUUUUUAUGUUAUCAAGCUUUGAUUGGUGUUGUUAUUUUUUACACAUUUGUUCACUCGAAAUUGUGGUUAAAAGUCAAUUAUUUCGCUUACUUUAAUGAAUUAACUCCACACAGCAGCUGGCAGAAACUUGUUUGAAUUUUCUUUUUACAAAUCCAAGCCCAAAAUGAUCAAAUUAAAUUUUCCAUAGAGUUACUAACGCUUUUCUUCAAAAUAGAGCAUUUUCUGUCAUAAAUUAAGCUACAUAUUAAAAUUUUUUAUUCUAUUUUGAGCUGUUGAUGAUUUUUUAUCAUUAAAUUUUCUUGACAUUUUACAAAAAGACUUAAAUAUUUUGAUGUUCGAGAGUAAAGAAGUCCCUUUAAAAUAUUGUAUUUGUCAGUUAUAACGUAGUUUUAAGUAAAAACAUUAUCAACAUUGUUAUAACCGUAUCAGUAUUAUGUGUCAAUAAAAAUGUAUGUAAAACAAG